AUGUCUGUUGAAGUGGCACUGGCAGUCGUCGCGACUGUUGACCUGGCAAUAAAAUAUGGCGAACGCCUUGUCGACCUGUACACUAGCUACCGAAAUGCCCCGGACGAGAUCAAGGAGCGAGUGCUAUUGAUGAGGAACAGCUGGUUCCGAAUACAAACCCAACUCCGAUAUCUUGAAAGGAUCAAGACUAUACAGGGUGAAGAGUUCAAGAUCAUGCAAGAUCAGACGCUCAGGGUGCUGCAGAUCAAGUUGGAGGCUGCGGUGGGCGAAGUGCAAAACCUUGAGAAGAAGCGAGACACCGCCACCACCACCAAAACGGCCGGCGCUACGACGAAGGAGACGAAAUAUCAUAAUUGGAAGUAUCCUUUCGUCAAAAAGAGCCUCGAUGCCGCCAUAAGCGAACUGCAAAAGUGGCAGCAGGCUUUUGAUCCAUCCUGGUAUCUAGCCCUGAUGAUGUCUAACCGGCUGAUAGACAACCAUUUGCAGGAUUUCUUAGAGGGCGAUUCUGAGCUGCCACCAGUUGAUCGCAAUGUCAUUUUUUCUGCGAUAGGGGUUCGCGAAUCACUCAAACCGGAAUCAGGCACCGGAGAGAAGAAGAAGGUGUUUCUACCAGACAACGCGACUUCGGGCUUUGUGCGCACGCCAAUCUCAUACUCAACAGCAUCCUUAGGUCAAACGCCAGACAAAAGCCAAACCUUCGUUUUAGACUCUGUCCCAAGUCAACAAGGCAUCAAGCCCGACAUUCAAGUCGCAGACGUACGCGAUCUCGCUCGCAAGCUCAAUGGAGCAGACGCGCUUUCAUUUGGCCUGCUCAGAUGCUUUGGUGUCGCCAAGGUAUGCAGAGAUAAAAGAACGACCACGGCUUACGAUUUCGUGUUCUAUAUCCCGUCCUCGGUGCGAUCACCACAGAGUCUCCGCAACAUAUUGAUCGAAGCAAAACCCAAUGUUAGUCUCAGCACGCGCUUUCGCCUCGCGCUCCAGCUCGCACGAUCUGUUACCUUUGUCCACACUUACAAAUUCGUGCAUAAAGGCAUCAGACCCGAAACAAUCCUGGUCUUCGAUGCUGAGAAAUCCGAGUACACGCACUCAUUCUUGGUCGGUUUCGAGAAACUCCGGGCUGCGGACGGGAGAACUGUGAUGGCCGGCGACGCCGCCUGGGAGAAGGAUCUGUACCGCCACCCGGAGCGACAAGGACUAAGACCAGAAAGCGAAUACACGAUGCAGCAUGACAUCUACAGCCUCGGUGUGUGCUUACUGGAGAUAGGCAUGUGGCGCACGCUCGUCACAUACAGCAGCACGAAUGAAGCGAAUCCAUCGCAACUCUUGCCGCCACCGGGCUAUACCGAGAAGAAGGAAAUGACCAAAGCUGCAUCGCUCAAGGAAACGCUCGUCGGAAUUGCGCAGCGCGAAUUACCCAGCUGCAUGGGCGACAAGUAUACGGAUAUUGUCGUGACCUGUCUGACAUGCUUGGACGAAGAUAAUCCCGAAUUUGGCGACAAGACCCAGUUCCAAGAUGAAGACGGCAUAACUAUCGGGGUGCGCUAUAUCCAAAAGGUUAGCGACAAGACUCCUACCACGUUGACACGAUACUAA